CCUCCUCCUCCUCGAGACGGUGGCGAGGGAGGUCAUCUCAUCUGUAAGGAAGGAAGGAAGCAAGGAAGAAGGCGACCUCCCUUGCCACCCCACUCAUUCAUCAUUGGCCUAUGCUACAUACGACCGCACCGCAUAUAUAAGAGCAGAGGAGAGGAGAGGAGGAAGCAAGGAAGAAGGCUUCCUCCUCAACGGUACGGCGUAGGAGGCGGCGACCUCCCUCGCAUUGUAGAGGACAGGACAUGAGAUGAGAUGAGAGCACCCAUCAUACUACCCGCUACCUAGGCACCACUACUCCACUAGUAGUAUGCAAGCAUGGCCAGCAACCACCACCUUGAGCCAACAACGCCAGCAGCAGCAGCUGCUCCUCCCAGCUUCUUCAGACCAAACUCAGCAUCAGAAGCAGCAGGGCUCAGGGCGAGAGAGAUCACGCUGCCCAAUGGCGACGUCUACUCCGGCACGCUAUCAUCAUCACAUGCACAGCAACUCCCCGAGGGCACGGGCCGCUACGUCUGGGCCGGCGGCAGCUGCUGCGUGUACGAGGGCGGCUGGAGGAGAGGCGCGAGGCACGGCCACGGGAGGACGCUCUGGCCAUCCGGCGCCGUCUACGAGGGCGACUACUCCGCCGGGUUCAUGGACGGCCAGGGCACAUACAUCGCCGCCGGCCCCUGCACCACCACCUCCUCCUCCUCAUCAUCAUCAUCAUCAUCCUAUACCUACAAGGGGCAGUGGAAGCUGGACCGCAAGCACGGCCACGGGCGCCAGACGUACCCCAACGGGGACGCAUUCGAGGGCUCCUGGGUCCAGGGACACAUGGAGGGCCAUGGCUGCAGGUACACCUGGGCCAACGGCAACACCUACGCCGGCACCAUGAGGAACGGCACCAUGUUCGGCAAAGGGGUGCUCACAUGGAGCGCCACCGGCGACUCGUUUCAGGGGAACUGGCUCGACGGCGCCAUGCACGGCUACGGGCUCUACACCUGGGAGGACGGCGGGAGCUACCUCGGGACGUGGACCAGGGGGUUCAAGGACGGAAAAGGCACCUUCUAUCCUAAGAAUUGCAGGGUUCCCGCGGCCCACCAGCUCUACAUCGAUGAUCUGAGGAACAGGGGCGUGCUGCCUGAUGACAUGUCAACAAAUGACACCUCCUCUUCUUCCCUCGAUGCGAAGGCCGACACAGAUCAAGAGCCUGCUGCUGCACCAGCAGGUGCUAAGAUGUUGUCCCUGAGAAACCUGAGCUUCGAGCGGCCUCCGGUGAAGAAGCCGUCUCUGCAGAGGCGCUGGAGCAUCGGAGUGGCCAUCGAGAAGAUCAUCGGCGUUCAUGAGCCAACCGGUGCCGGUUCUGAAACACAAACACAAGGCCGUAGUGACGAAAACAUGGCUGGUUGUUCUAGCCUCCCGAUACUCGAAAGGGAGUACGCGCAGGGCGUUCUCAUCAGCGAGGUCGUGCUGAACAGGAGCUGCCUCGACUCGUCCAAUAAACUGAGCCGUCGGCAGAGCAGGGCGGCCAAGGAUGUCAAAAGGCCCGGGGAGAUGAUCAUCAAAGGGCACAGGAGCUAUGAUCUGAUGCUCUGUUUACAGCUUGGAAUCAGGUACACGGUUGGGAAGAUUACGCCAAUUCAGAGGCGUGAGGUGCAAGCCUCUGAUUUCGGCCCCAAAGCUAGUUUCUGGAUGAACUUCCCCACGAAAGGAACACGGCUUACCCCUGCGCACCGUGCCGUCGAUUUCAAGUGGAAGGACUACUGUCCGGUGGUCUUCAGAAAUUUGAGGGAGAUGUUCAAGCUUGAUACAGCAGAUUACAUGAUUUCCAUUUCUGGAAGUGACGCACUUCGGGAGCUGUCGUCUCCUGGAAAGAGUGGAAGUAUGUUUUUCUUAUCGCAAGACGACCGCUUCAUGAUCAAGACUCUUCGCAAAUCUGAAGUGCAGGUUCUUUUGCGUAUGCUUCGAGACUAUUACCGCCAUGUCCAUACUUAUGAUAACACACUCGUGACUAAAUUCUUUGGCCUCCACCGGGUGAAACCUUCCAGUGGCCAAAAGUUCAGAUUUGUAGUGAUGGGCAACAUGUUCUGCACACAACUUAGAAUCCAUCGAAGAUUCGAUCUGAAAGGUUCAUCCUUAGGCAGAUCUACCGACAAGGUUAAAAUCGACGACAACACGACGCUCAAAGACCUGGAUCUCAACUACUCAUUCUAUCUCGAGCCUUCUUGGCGGGAUGCUUUGCUUAAGCAGAUUGAGAUCGACAGCGAAUUUCUCAAGAAUCAGGGCAUAAUGGACUACAGCCUGCUUCUCGGUUUCCACUACCGGGCUCGCCAAAGCCUUGUAAGAGGAGGGUCGUUGCCUGAAACCAUCUUGCAAGACAACAAACUAGCCGUUCUUUCGGAGCAAGAUGCCAUGGAGGAUGAUUCCGCCUAUAACUACCGUGAAGGGCUGGUUCUGGUGCAGCGAGGCAGCAACCAAGAUGGUAGAGUUGCUGUCGGCCCUCACAUAAGGGGGAGCCGCCUGCGGUCGUCGUCCGCUUGUUACGAGGAAGUGGAUCUCCUGCUUCCAGGCACAGCAAGGCUUCAGAUCCAGCUAGGAGUGAACAUGCCAGCGAGAGCAGAGAAAGAAGAGAAACAAGAGGAAGAUGGCGGCAAACCGCUCCGUCAGGUGUACGACGUGGUGCUCUACAUCGGGAUCAUCGACAUCCUGCAGGAGUACAGCAUGAGGAAGAAGGUGGAGCACGCCUACAAGUCCGUCAAGUAUAACCCCCAGUCGAUAUCCGUGGUCGAGCCCCGGUUCUACUCGGAGCGCUUCCUCAACUUCAUCCGCACCGUCUUCCCGGAAAACUCACCAAACCAAUAAAUUCAUUCAUUCAUCUUUCCUUCCUUCUCCCCAGCAGGAAAAAAUGUAACAGAAAGGUCCAAGGAAAUGUGCUCUGCUUGCUAUAUUGCUGUUCACAAUAUAACAGAAAGUUUGAGAUGAAUAAGGAAAUGUCCCCAGCAAGAAAAGAUGUAACAGAAAGAUCAAAAGGAAAUGUGUUGUGCUUGCUA